GACAAUACUAGAAUGCAGACAACUCCUUCAUUUUCAAGUCUUCAGUAUCAAGAUGCUGGAAACUACAUCUGUGAAACUACCCUCCAGGAGGUUGAAGGUUUAAAGAAAAGAAAGACACUUAAACUUAUUGUGGAAGGAAAACCACAAAUCAAGAUGACAAAGAAAACCAACACAAAUAAAAUGUCUAAAACGAUCAUCUGCCAUGUGGAAGGUUUCCCCAAACCGGCAGUGCAGUGGACAGUUACUGGCACUGGAAGCAUCAUAAAUAAAACAGAGGAGACCAAAUACGUUAACGGGAGAUUUUCCAGUAAAAUUGUAAUUGCUCCAGAGGAAAAUGUGACUUUAACUUGCAUUGCAGAAAAUGAGCUAGAAAGAACUGUGACCUCUCUGAAUGUCUCUGCCAUAAACAUUCCGGAAUACGAUGAGCCAGAGGAUAGAAAUGAUGACAACGGUGAAAAGGUUAAUGACCAGGCAAAGCUAAUAGUGGGGAUUGUAGUCGGUCUUCUGCUGGCUGCUCUGGUUGCAGGUGUUGUCUACUGGCUCUAUGUGAAGAAAUCAAAGCCAACAGUUAGUAGUUACUUUUUGAAGCCACUCACGAACAGUAACUCACCUAAUCUCUGUCCCCAAAGUGACGCCAAAAGACAGUCUGAGAAGGCAGCAGCACAGAGCUUUCCAAGUCUACCGAGGACAGCAUCAAAACAUGUAGACAAAGAUCUUGGGAAUAUAGAAGAAAACAAAAAACUAGAAGAAAACAAUCAUAAAUCUGAAACUUAAGAGAAAACGUGUCAGUCAUCACCCCAGAGAAUACAUAUAGAUCAAUUGAAGCAUGAACGUGGAUUGUAUUUAAACAUAUACGAAGAAGUGACAGCUAUUCAUGGUUCGAGUAUUAAACAGACCAUACUCCCAAGCUUUCAAAGGAUUUUAGACACAAUUAUCUCAAGCUAAAAAUACCCCAAGAAACUAAUUUUGGCAACAGCCAUGGUAAUAGGUCACCAUGUUGUGUUCUGUUUGAAAUAUGUUUUUGUAAAUGUCUGCACUGAAGAUUUCUUUUUGUUUGCCUUUAUGUAAAUUUUUUACGUAGCUAUUUUUAUACACUGUAAGGCUUUGUUCUGGGAGUUGCUGUUAAUCUGAUGUAUAGUGUAAUGGGUUUAUUUCGGUUGUUUUUAUGACACCCUUUGAGCAGGUACGUGUCUAAUUCUGAUUGUUAUCAGUGAAGCCUCUGCGUGGUUGGUAGCAAGUACCUAGAGUGUAAGACUGUCUUACAGGAAAAUGUCAAACUCCUUUUUUCAUUCCCUGAAAUCACAGUGACGGGGAAGGGUGACUGACAGCUGUGACAAGAAUAAUCUAAAUUGGUAAUAAAAGUGAACGCUUAAAAAACCGUGCAAAGCUGAGCAGACAGAAAGGGAACAAAGAGUUUCCACAAAGAAGUCUGGGUAUGAAAGCAAGGAAAACGAGGAACAUUCCUAGCCUACGUACAGACGGUGGCUAAUCAUCCUUCUCUUCUAGCGCACGACACAGUCGAUCGAUACGUUAACAGUCACCUUUCAUGUUAGAAUUAGGAUCAGGAACUGGAAUUCUGGAUUAGUUUUGAUUCCUUUAUGUUAUCCGCUGCCUUAAAGUACUGUACCUUUCCUUCAUUUCAGAACGAUACCAGUCAGAAUUGGAAACUUUUUUUAAGAAGUGGUCAUAUCAAAGCUGCAUUUUUUUUCCACAAAAAUAGAAUAUAUAUAUAUAUAUUUUUUGUGUGUUUUUGUUAACUAUGCUACAGAUAUUGAAUGCACCUUGAGAUAAUUCUAGUGUUUUUAACUGGUACCUAAUUUAUCGAACAGUACAUAUAAUUGUAACAAUGAAAUGUCUAUGUAUCUUUAGUUACAUUCAAGUUUGUAACUUUAUAAACAUGUUUUAUGCUUGAGGGAGUUUUUAGAAUGGGACCGAUGAGAAGUUUUAGGGUAAAUGGCCAACAGAAUGUUGUACGUAAGGGAGAGAAGUUUCACCUUACGCAGAAGAUGAGUCUGAAAGAAAGUUAACAGGCAGCUUUGAUGGAGGGGAGCAGUAGAGUAAGCAGAACAUCAGGUUUCCACUUACAAAUAUCCAGGGAAAAAGUAAGUUUUUAUAGAGUGGUAGGCAAAAAAGAAUAAAUAAAUAAAUAAAAAGAAGGGCGUUAGGAAAUGUAUUUUGCCACUUUUGCAUUAUUUAGGGGGAAGAAAACACUGUUACUUGUAAAUUUGUAAAAUGUUAAAUGUCUGGGCAGUAGUGACUGAUGUCUUAAUAAAAGCUUCCUGUAGUGCAUUGGCAUGGAUUAAAUACAUAAGAUGUCCUUUAAACUCUAUGCUGUAUUAGAUAAUUAGAGGGAAAUCCUGUUAUAUGCCUCUAAACUUUGAUUUGUUACUGUUUUAUUUGGCAAAAAAAAGACAAAAAAAUUACAAUCUUGGUCAAUAUUUAAACCAAAGUAAAAUGGGGGAAAAAAAAAAACCAAAGUAAUUUGUUUUGCAUGGCAGAGCCAUUCUGUUAUCUCUGUAAAUAUUGUGAUUUUUGUUCUUUUCUUUUUAGAAUUUUGUUAAAAAAAUUCUAAAAUUUUUAAGCACCUGUUUUUCCAAAAUGAAAGGAGAACACACAAAAAAGUUACUUUCUAUACAAACGGAUCUUUUGGUGCGAGAACACUGCCAAGUGAUACGUAUUUUCUAGGAAACAGCCACCACUGAUGCAGUGGGCAUGACUCUGAACAGGAAAAGCUGUAACCGAGUCCUGUGAAGGAGCGUGCAAACAUCGCCUGUCUGUGUUGAUAACACUACAAAUAGUCCUUAAAUACAGAGAAGAAACCUCCGAAGAUCAAAAGGGAAAGCAUAGGGAAGGGCUGAAAAUUUUCAUACCACUGUCUGGGGAAUACAGGGGAGAGGAGAAGAAAGAAGUCCUUCACCUUCCACAGCUACGGGAAAGGAAAUCAAACCACUCCUCGCCUUUUGGGAUUCUGCUAGAUCUCCUAUGCACUUUAAAUUGCCAGUCCUGGGAGCUGGGUUUUUCACCGCUCCGAGUUCACUAUGGGCACGUUUCAAGAACCAAGAGUGCAAAAGAGUUAAUGUUUCUAUCCAUGCCUAAACGACAAUAAACCUGAAGUAUGUCUUCA